AUUUGCACUACUUCUCUAAUUCCUCACUUUGCCCCAACGUCAGUUUUGAAGAAUUGUCAAGGAGACAUAAAGGAAAUACAUUCAGAUUGCUUAUUGGACACAAACUAAAGGCUUUUGUAAUUAAAGGAGUCAUCAACGAGAAGAUGUUUCAUCUCCUUUGGGCGAGUCUGAUUUUCCCUGUGAUAAGCAUCGGUUCUUCUGCAGGUUCUUCAGUCGUGGGACAACCAGACUGUGUUAAUGGAUUCUGCAUCUCUGUCAGUGAUGAAAAAAUCUCAGCAGAAUCAGGACUUUGUGUUGUGAUUCCGUGUUCUUUCCCGACUCCUUAUAACUUCAAUCUUCAACAUUUGAUUUGGUCUAAAUGUGAAUCUGACCAAAGAUGCGGUGACUCUAAUAUAAUCUUUCACACCAACAAAAACACCAACAAACCCCUUAAAUCAGAAUUUCUAGGAAGAGUGUCACUCCUGGAUCCUGAUCUGAAUCAGAACUGUAGCAUCAUGAUCAGUGAUCUGAGAGAGUCUGAUUCUGGAUUCUAUCAGCUCAGAGUAAAUGGAAAAAUCAAUGAGAGGUCGGAUGGAUUUACAUUUAAUAAAAGAACACACGUCGAUGUUGGAGGUUCCAGGCAGAAACCUACGGUGACUCUUCCUGAUUUGACGGUGGGACAUCAGGCCACCCUGACCUGCACUGCUCCUGCACUCUGCUCUAAGUCUCCUCCUGGAAUCACCUGGAUGUGGAGAGGAGCAGCAGAAAAUGACCCUCUCACCAACGGAAGCAUCACUGCCUUCAAGGAGAGUUUGACUGCUGUCACACAGAGACACCACUCAACUCUGACCUUCAUUCCCACGACUGAACACCACAACUCCAAGAUCACCUGCAGGAUCCAGUUCAGUGAUGACACCACCACAGAGGAGACGGUGAAUCUGCACGUCAACUAUGUUAAAAUCACAGGAAAUACAGAUUUGAAAGAGGGCAUGACUCUAAACCUCACCUGCACCACAACAAGUGUGACACCUGCAGAAAUCCAAUGGAUUAGAUUUGGAUCAAAAACAGAUCAGUUGAACAGAACUUCAGCUGGUCUGCCCAACAACACUGCCAUCUACCUGCAGGAGGACAGAAGCACUCUGCUCAUUUUUAAUGUGACAGCAGAGGACGCUGGACUGUACAUCUGCACAUCAAAGCAUCUGAACAACACAAUCAAGGAUGGAGUCAAUGUGACAGUGAUGUAUAUGAGAAAACCUCAGAUAUCUGGAAAGGUGAUUGUGAAGGAAGGAGAAGUUUUGAAUCUGACCUGCAGUGUUGACAGUUUCCCUCCUGCUGUGUGGACUGGACUUUGGUCAAACCUGCACAAUGGAUCUGACCACAGUGGAUCAGCCACCCUCAUCGUCACCAAUGUGACAGCAGAGGAUUCUGGGCGCUACUUCUGUGCUGCAAAUCACCAGAACUGGACUGAGACGGUUCACGUGGAUGUGACGGUGAUGCUGGAAGGCUCUGCAUGUGUGCGCCGCUCAGACGUCCUGACCUGCACCUGCAUCGGUACAGGGUUUCCUCUACCCAACAUAAAGUGGGCCCAGUUGAGCCCCCCCACUGAGUACUGGCUCACCACCAAUGUGUCAGGUCACACUGUGAGGAGCUCUUUGACUCUAAAGGCAACAAAACAGGACAACGUGUCUGCAGAAUGUGUCAUCAGCAAUGAGAGUGGAGAGUCAACAGAAAAACUCACAAUUCAAGACAUCCUCUUUGAAAAAGAUGAUCAAUCUGGAAGUAUUUUAGAGAAAAUAGGCAAAAUUGAAACCAUCAAAAUCUUUCUGAUUGGAGUUUUGACAUCAACCAUAUUCUGCAUUUUGAUCCCAAGUUGUUACAGAGAAAAGCGGAAGAGGUUUGAGAAUCUGCAGGAGAUGGUGGAGAUGGUUGGCAGUCAGGACAAUCCUCUGAUCCACGAUGGUCUCACAGUGGCAGAGGAUCCAAACUGCCUCCCAGAAGGAGCUGAGAAUGAAGCUGUGUCUACAGGAGAAGCAGCUCCUAAACCCAGAAGUGAGGAGGAUGACAAAACUCUACUUCGUAGUGUGUCAAAAGAAAAGGACACAGAGGAAGAGGCCGUGUACUCCUCAGUAAAUGAUUUAACGGAUGAAAUUUGAGGGCAGGCUGUAAGGUGGAAUAGUGGUUAACGCCCUCUCCUCAGAUGUUCAAAUCCGGCUGGGACCUUUCUGUAGUUGCAUUUCCAUUACACAUAUGCACAAAACUGUAUCAAAAUCCUUAAAAUGUUGAAAAAAUAUAAUUUCACAACUUCCAUUAAAUCAUAACUAUGUGAAUAAACACAUUGUUAUGGGUAUAACAAUUCAACAUGACACGCUCCACUUUUGACUACGCUGUGGGACCUCUUGUGGCGCCCGCUCUCCUGCGUGGUAUCCGGUCGCUGGUCACGUGAUUCAUUUAAUGAGAAAAAUGUGUUUCCAUUGCAGAUUUGCAAAAUAUGUCCAUUUUCACACUCCUCAAACAUCACCUUCACCUUUUUUUUAAUCAGUACGAGUUUCUUGAAAUUGUUGUGCUUCCAUCAGAUGAAUUUAGUAUCACAAAUCCAAUUUGAGCAAUUUGAUAGUUCAUGGAAACACAGCUAGUGUGAAGUUAGCAUGUUCUCUCCAGAUAUGUGUAGGAUUUCUCCUGGAACCCAGGCGUUUGUACAUCAUCCAAUGACAUUUUUUAUAAGUUUAUUGAUGUCUCUAAAUUGUCCUUAGGUGUGGAUUUAAGUGUGUGUUUGUGGCCCUUCAACGAAUUGGCAACAUUUUUUGGUGUACCCUGCCUUUGCCCAACAGAUUAUUUUUUUUCUGGCAUCCAUUAUUAUUAUUUGACACAGUGUGGUGUUUUUCUGUUCUGUUUCCUGACUGCCUCUGUGUUUUGCAGGUUAGCUGUCGCUCCUCCUGGAUGGCCCCUCCCUUUCCUGUCAUGUCCUCUAGGUGGAGGAGUGCACAGCUGCCUGCCCUUUGCAAUCAUACCUAUUUAAGUUGAUGUUACUCAGUCCUCAGUGUCGUGGUGUCCCUCUUAGUCAGUGGUUUUCAUACUCAGCCGACACUGAGAUCUGUUUUAUCCUUUGGCCUUUUGUCUUAGCUUAUUUCUUCCUUUUUUGCCUUUUGCAGUUUUCCCUCUCUUGAGGAGUUUUUUGUGUUUUGUAAUUCCCACCUUGUGGCACUUUCUGUUAGUAUUAAAUCGCUCCUAAGCGCA